AGUUUCUGACAGUACGCGUCAUCCGCUUCGCUUCUUUCCCUUCCUACUCCUCGGCGAGCGUGAGGAGGAAAUCGCUAAUUUCAUUUCUUUCCGUUUAACGUUGAAUUCUGUUCCGUCAUUUUCCCUGUUCCUUUUCUCUUUUGCGUCCGCUUCCCGGUGCAUCUGGCUUUCGAGCUUGUCUUCUGCAUUGUACUUUCCUGAAUCGUCGAGCAGAAUGGCGGGAAGAACGGGCAGGGUGUUGCUCCGACAGGUUUUGCAUAGGUCCAGGUGGUUUAGCUCCUCGGCAUCCGCAGCAGGCCAUCAGAAGACGCCUCCACUUCCGAAGAAGGGUCGAAUAUUGACGGGGACCAUGUUGGGAAUGGUAUUAGCUGGAGGAGCUUAUGUGAGUAUGGUGGAUGAGCCUAUUUUGAGUGACUGGCUGUUCAAAGCAACAAAGUCAUUGAACCCUCUCUUUGCUCUUUUAGAUCCUGAGGUUGCUCAUCAUUUGGCAAUAUUAGCAUCAUCGUAUGGCCUUGUUCCAAGGGAGAAAAGGCCUGAUCCACCGGUCCUGCAAGUUGAUGUCUGGGGGCUACGGUUUUCAAAUCCAGUUGGGCUCGCUGCAGGUUUUGAUAAAAGUGCUGAAGCUUUUGAGGGUUUAUUAGGAAUGGGCUUUGGGUUUGUGGAAGUUGGUUCUAUAACACCACUUCCACAGGAGGGCAAUCCAAAACCUCGUGUUUUCAGACUGCGGCAGGAGGGUGCUAUCAUCAAUCGCUAUGGUUUUAAUAAUGACGGUAUUGAGGCUGUUACAAAAAGAUUAAAUGCACAACAUCGUAAAAGGAUGCCUGAACUAGUACCAGAUAAUUCAAAUAAUCGUGUGAAGAAUGGAGGAAGAGCUGGAUCUGGCAUUCUUGGUGUCAAUAUUGGAAAGAAUAAGACAACUGAAGAUGCUGCAGCCGAUUAUGUAAAAGGAGUUCAUGCCUUAUCCCAGUUCGCUGAUUAUCUGGUUGUAAAUGUUUCGUCCCCAAAUACUCCUGGAUUACGCAAACUCCAAGGAAGAAAACAACUUGAAGACCUUAUCAGAAAGGUUCAAGCUGCUCGGGAUGAAAUGCAGUGGGGUGAAGGUGGACCUCCUCCUUUGCUUGUGAAAAUUGCCCCAGACCUUUCAAGACAAGAUCUCGAAGAUAUUGCAGCAGUUGCUCUUACUCUACGGUUGGAUGGAUUGAUUAUAUCAAACACAACUAUAUCAAGACCAGAGUCAGUUAGUAAGCUGCCUCUGGCUGAGGAGGCUGGUGGAUUGAGUGGGAAACCCUUAUUCAAGUUGUCAACAGAUAUUCUCAAGGAGAUGUACAUUUUAACACAAGGAAGGGUUCCUAUCAUCGGCUGUGGAGGUAUUAGCAGUGGUGAAGAUGCAUACAAGAAAAUAAGGGCAGGAGCUACACUCGUUCAGCUGUAUACAUCCUUUGCUUAUGAGGGACCUGCUUUGAUCCCACAAAUUAAGGCGGAACUUGCUAAAUGCUUGGAAAGGGAUGGUUUCAAGUCUGUUCAAGAAGCCAUUGGCGUGGAUUGUAAAUAGCCCAGUACCAAACGAGUGAAUGGAGCCAAUUUUGUGAGUCUAGGUUUGCUAUAAUAUCCAUUGAUGUUGUUGCACAUGAACAUCUUCCCUCAAUAUCUGCUUGAGCAAGGAAAGAAAUUAAGAGUAUGGAUUUUCCCUCCCUUUUUAAUCUUUUAGGCAAUGAUUUGGGCAUAUGUAUUAGCGUAUGAAACAGUCCAUUUCCUUCCGGCUUUUCCUUCCCUUUUUUUCUACGGAAAGAAGGAAUCUAGUACAUAGUAUCUGCUUGGAUGGUUU